UAAAAAUCCCAACAACAGCAGAAGCUGUAUACAACGUCCCCACAGACGGAAGCUACUGGGAAACGUUUACAAAAACAAACAACAGAAGCGGCAUAAACCGUCUCCGCCGAUGGCAGCGGCAGAAUAAAUUCAGCAACAACAACGAACUGCUUCGCAAGAAUUAAAUGGGAGCAUACCCACAAACAUGCCAGAUAGAUUUCAAGUCACAAAAACCGACGAAGAAACUGUAUUGGAUUAUCUUCAAGAUGAAUCAGCAAGUGGCAAGCUUUUAGGAGAGACAUUGGAUGAUUUACAAAAUGAUUCGCGUGAUGUCCGCAAUGUAGAAGAAAAUCAAAAAUCAAGUAUUGACCCCAAUUUGUACCUCUACGACGAUGACUUGGAGACCAGGCCACAUAUUUCGACUUUCAUUUCAUCAAUUGCCAAUUAUGAAAACACGAUACCAGCGGCCACCGACCCUGAUGCGAAGCCACCACCGCCAUCGGCUCGAAUGGGAACGCUUAUUGGGGUGUUUUUGCCAUGUAUUCAGAACAUUUUUGGUGUAAUAUUAUUUAUUCGAUUAACUUGGGUUGUUGGUACAGCUGGAGCAGUUUGUGGAUUCUUAAUUGUGCUGACAUGUUGUUGUGUGACAAUGCUUACGGCGAUAUCAAUGUCAGCCAUUGCAACGAAUGGUGUUGUACCCGCAGGAGGCAGCUACUUUAUGAUAUCAAGAUCGCUCGGUCCUGAAUUUGGCGGGGCCGUGGGGAUGCUGUUUUACACGGGGACAACGUUGGCAGCUGCUAUGUACAUUGUUGGAGCUGUUGAAAUUGUAUUGACAUAUAUGGCACCAUGGGCAUCCAUUUUUGGAGACUUUACAAAAGAUGCUGAAGCUAUGUAUAAUAACUUCAGAGUUUAUGGUAGUCUACUCCUGUGUUUUAUGGGUUUAAUUGUAUUUUUGGGUGUUAAGUUUGUCAACAAAUUCGCAACAGUUGCACUGGCUUGUGUAAUAUUUUCUAUAAUAGCGGUAUAUAUAGGAAUUUUCGACAAUAUUCAUGGAAAUGAAAAAUUAUACCUAUGUGUACUUGGAAAGCGACUUCUUAAGGAUAUUCCCAUUGAAAAUUGUACAAAAGAAGAUCCCAUAUUGGUCGAUAUGUAUUGCCCAGAUCGGAAAUGUGACGACUACUACCUAAAUAAUAACGUGACCAAAGUAAAGGGUAUAAAAGGUCUUGCCAGUGGCGUAUUCUACGACAAUAUUAUGCCAUCGUUUUUGGAAAAGGGACAACUUAUAUCAUACGGACGGAACUCAGUUGAUAUCGAAAACAUUGGAAGUCAGUCAUAUAAUCAAAUUAUGGCUGACAUAACGACGUCCUUCACGCUACUUAUCGGAAUAUUUUUUCCAUCUGUCACAGGCAUCAUGGCCGGCUCCAACCGAUCGGGAGAUUUGGCUGACGCUCAAAAGAGUAUUCCAAUUGGCACAAUUUGUGCUAUUUUAACCACCAGUACUGUUUAUUUAACAAGUGUUCUGUUUUUUGCUGGAACUGUUGAUAAUUUACUGCUACGCGAUAAGUAUGGACAGUCAAUUGGAGGAAAAUUAGUUGUGGCUAAUAUUGCGUGGCCAAACCAAUGGGUGAUAUUAAUUGGUUCGUUUUUGUCAACCCUAGGUGCUGGGUUGCAAAGCUUAACGGGCGCGCCACGAUUACUACAGGCGAUCGCUAAAGAUGAGAUUAUUCCCUUUUUGGCCCCAUUUGCCAAAUCAUCCAACCGUGGAGAGCCAGUAAGGGCUCUACUUUUAACAAUUGUCAUUUGUCAAUGUGGAAUUUUAUUAGGAAAUGUUGAUCUACUUGCCCCAUUACUAUCAAUGUUUUUCCUCAUGUGCUAUGGCUUUGUAAAUUUGGCAUGCGCGGUGCAAACAUUACUGAGAACUCCUAACUGGAGACCUCGCUUUAAGUUUUAUCACUGGAGCUUAUCCCUGAUUGGUCUUACCUUGUGCAUAUCAGUUAUGAUUAUGACAUCUUGGUAUUUUGCACUUAUUGCCAUGGGCAUGGCGAUUGUUAUAUACAAAUACAUCGAAUAUCGAGGAGCUGAGAAAGAAUGGGGCGAUGGCAUUCGUGGAAUGGCGCUAACAGCAGCAAGAUACUCACUUCAACGCCUAGAAGAAGGCCCUCCACAUACCAAAAAUUGGCGUCCCCAAAUUUUGGUGCUUUCUAAACUCAAUGAAAACCUCCUUCCGAAGUAUAGAAAAAUAUUUUCGUUUGCCACUCAGCUGAAAGCUGGCAAGGGAUUGACAAUUUGUGUGUCUGUGAUAAAGGGUGAUCACACAAAAAUUGCAAAUAAAGCAGUUGACGCGAAAACUACGCUUCGGAAAUACAUGACAGAUGAAAAAGUAAAAGGAUUUUGUGAUGUUUUAGUUGCCCAAGAAAUCGGCGAGGGUCUUAGCUCGGUCAUUCAAACGAUUGGGUUAGGUGGAAUGAAGCCAAAUACCGUUAUUAUCGGAUGGCCGUAUAGUUGGAGACAAGAAGGACGAUAUAGCUGGAAGACGUUCAUACAAACAGUUCGAACUGUUGCUGCAUGCCACAUGGCACUAAUUGUUCCCAAGGGGAUCAACUUUUAUCCAGAAUCUAACCACAAAAUUGGUGGAAACAUUGAUAUUUGGUGGAUUGUUCAUGACGGCGGCCUUCUUAUGUUGCUGCCAUUCUUGCUAAAGCAACAUAGGACUUGGCGUAAUUGUAAGCUUCGCAUUUUUACCGUUGCUCAAAUCGAAGAUAAUUCUAUCCAAAUGAAGAAAGAUUUAAAGACAUUCUUGUACCAUUUACGGAUUGAAGCAGAUGUUGAAGUUGUUGAAAUGAAUAAUAGCGAUAUUUCUGCAUAUACCUAUGAGAGAACUCUCAUGAUGGAACAGCGCAAUCAAAUGCUAAGAGCAUUAGGCUUAAACAAAAAAGAGAAUUCCAAAGUGGUUCAAACUAUUAUGGAUUUUAAGGAAACUCCCAGUGAUAAUAAGUUAUCUUUGGUUCAAACAAUUGUAGACCACCAUUAUGACGCCAUAAAAACGGCGUCGAGAGUUCGGUUUGCCGAUCCUACCAUUGAAGAAAUACAAAAUAACGAUACUCAAAAUGAAGAAAAACGUAAUUCUAUCCAAUCAGAUGGUGCAGAGAGCACGGAAGCAUCUGAUGUCAGAACUAACAAAGAUGAAUCAACAGAAAAACCUGACGUUAACAUAAAAUCCAGUGCUAAACCGGAUGAGUUCAAUGUUCGUCGCAUGCACACGGCAAUAAAACUAAAUGAAGUUAUAAUAGAAAAGUCUCAAGAUGCCCAAUUGGUCAUAAUGAAUUUACCGGGACCUCCUAGGGAAGUGAGAGCGGAACGUGAAAGCAAUUAUAUGGAAUUCCUGGAAGUUUUAACGGAAGGUCUUGAAAAAGUAUUAAUGGUUCGUGGAGGGGGUCGUGAAGUUAUAACAAUUUACUCUUAAAGGGCAUUAAUCGCUCGGUUUUUAAGAGUUCGCAACAUUAGACAAGUUUAAGAAUCAAUCAAAUUUUUAAAUGAAGGUGAUUAUUAAUUUGUUAUAUUAAAUCAUAUGUCCAAAUAUUUUAUU